AUGAAUUGCACUAUUUGUAACAAGGAGAGUAACAAGAUUUAUGACAAUAUCAAUUUAUGUGAACUUUGCUAUCAAACCAAUAUAAAACAAUUGAAUUUAUUCAAUGCUAGUCUUACAUAUGAACCUCCAAACUAUAUCAUCGACAACGUAUAUUUAGGAUCGCAAAAGUCUGGCGUUGAUGCAGACAAAUUAUUUGAACUCAAUAUCAAAUAUGUAUUAAUAUUAGGAAAAGGAAUGAGUAGAAAUUUCGAUCAUAUAAACUAUAAAUUAAUCGAAAUCGAUGAUUCAUUAGAACAAAACAUAUCAAACUACAUUAAAGAAGCAUUGGAUUUUAUUGCUGAAAGCCAUAAUAAUGAUUCUAAUAUAUUAGUUCAUUGUGUUUCUGGCAUUUCUAGAAGUGCUUCAAUAGUAAUAGCUUACAUAAUGGACAAAUAUAAAAUAAAUUAUGAUCGAGCUUUUGCUUAUGUAAAAACAAAAAGAGCAAGUGUAUGUCCAAAUACAAAUUUUAUCGAUCAAUUAACCAAUCUACAAUAG